GAGAAUCAAUCUCCUAUUCUCCAUCGUCUUCUCCCUCCCCUCUCUCUACGGCCGUCUGAUUGGAUAGCAGAGAUAGAGAGAGAAAGGUAAAUUUCCCCAUCGUCUUCUUCUCCCUGGGGCCAAACCCUAGAAUCAUCGUUGAUCCGCUCAGAACAAGGACGCUACUGGAAUAAAAUUGCUGUAAAAAAAGUAAACAUCACUAAAAAACUAAACACUGAGUUCGAAACAUCUGGAUAUUAUGGCUCAAGACGAGUCGAUUCCAUCAUCAUCCUUAGCGCUUGAAGCUGAUGGAGAUUUGCAGAAAUCAAUGGUUGAAAACCUAAGUUCAUCAGUGAAGCCGUCUUUGUCGCAGCACGAUCUCGGCAACCAGGUGGAGGCGUCCACGGCCACCGCUCCGCCGUCCGAGCAGUUGCCGGCAUCUCUCUCUAGGAUUCCCUCACUAAGCAAGUUGAACGCUGGAGCUCCGGCAUUUGUCCCUAGAAGUGCGUCUACUCUGCCUGUCUCGUCUGGGACUUUGUCUUCUCCGAUGCCAUCUCUGGCUCCUCCAGCUUUGGCGUCUUCUUCAACAUCGAAUUUGCCUGGACUCAUGAUUCCUCAUCGUGGCCAGGCGUUGCUACAAGUGUACACCAGACCUGGAGGUAGUCCUUUCGGCCCAAUCUCUCCUCAUGUGCUGCCUGUCCAGAGUCAAUAUCUCUAUGGCCCUCAGCUUCCCGCCCAAUACAUGGCCGGGGGGUUUUUGGAUCAGGCAAGGCAAGAGGUUAGUGGUCCUGGUAGUGCUACUGUAGUUCAAGCUCCCCCUCAGCAGGACCUGGAUAAAGGGUUAAAAAAUGGGAGAUUAUCAGCUGAAGCCUCUCAGAAGAUUAUUAACCAGGUGGAGUAUUAUUUCAGCGAUCUAAAUCUGGCAACCACGGAUCAGUUAAUGAGGGUUAUGAGCAAAGAUCCUGAGGGAUACGUGCCGAUAGCUGUUGUUUUGUCCUUCAAGAAAAUUAAAGCUCUUCUCGGUAAUCAUGCCCAACUUGGUAAAAUUCUUUGCAACUCGAUAAAGCUUGUAGUUAGUGAAGAUGGAAAAAGGGUUAGACGCCAACAUCCUUUAACCGAAAAGGACAUGGAAGAAUUGCAAUCUCGCAUAGUUGUUGCUGAAAAUUUGCCCGAGGACCAUUGCCACCAGAACCUCAUGAAGAUUUUUUCAACUGUUGGAAGUGUGAAGAUGAUCCGUACCUGUCAGCCUCAGACAACCAAUGGUGGGUCGUCAUCAGGAUCAAGAACAGCAAAGUCUGAUAAUAUGCUCCCCAACAACAAGUUGCAUGCAUUUGUUGAAUACGAAACUGCUGAAUUGGCUGAGAAAGCGGUUGCUGAACUAAAUGAUGUUGGUGACUGGAGGAAUGGCCUCAAAGUUCGUGUACUGAGAAGCUUCUUCAAGGAAGAAGAUACAUUUACACCUGAGAAGCAACUCCCGACAAAACAUGCCGACUCUCAACUCAAUGGGUUCACGGGAGGAGAAGGAGGUGACAAGGACGGGGCAAAGAGAGGACGCAACCGUGGCAGGGGCAGAGGACGUCCAACCCCAAACAACCGCGGCUGCAUUGGAGCUUCUUCCCAAUCAAAUGGUGGCAACCGUGGUGGCGGCGGCGGCAGUUGUUAUAGUAUGGCGGCACACCACACAAACUUACCUAACAAUGCUGGUGAGCAGCAUAAGCAGCAAUCAUCUGUGCCCCGAAUGCCCGAUGGGACUAGGGGAUUUUCCUUGGGUCGCGGGAAACCAGUUGCUGUUAAAACUGCUUGAAUCUCUUCUCUUUUUUUUUUUUUUAUUUUUUUUUAAAAAGAAGGAAAUCUCGCGGGUGUCUCAAACUGGGAAUGGUGUCUUCUUCUUUUUUCUUUUUGUGCAGUAUUUUUAGUCGGUGGGGAGGGACGGGUUCUGUAUUUACAUUUUAACACCAGCUAAUACAUACACCAAGUAAAAAAGUUGCUCCACU